AUGUACGCCUUUUACCCGGGCCCCGACAAGGGCGCCCAGAUUGGCACGCAGGAUCCCAAGACGGGCGAUAUCUGGGUCAACAACUGCAACGCCCAGAUUGACGGGGCGCCGCUGUUUCCCACGUCGACUCCCAAUGUGCUGAAGACGACGAACCAGCCCAAGAAGGGCGGCAGCAUGGCGGCCACGGGCUGGUGGGAUUCACAAAAGGUGGUGGCCUCUGUCUUCUGGCACUCAGCCGAUGGGAAAAUCAUGAACGGCUUUUACAACUGUGAUCCCGAGUCCGGCACCUUUAUCCAGGCCGGCGAGUACACCAUCUCAGACACGGCAAAUGUCACAGACAUCCACCCCAACACCGGCCUCUCCGUCGAGCUGUUGGGCAGCACUGCCGGAUACCGAGUCUACUAUCACGACAAGGACAGCCAGGUCCAUCAGCUGUCCUACACCACCAAAACGGACUGGAACUACUACGGCGCCGUGUCGCAGGACCCCACGUUUAGCCAGGCGCUGGCCUCGCUGCAUUCCGGCACCAACAACAUCACCGUCAUCUCCCCCAAGAACGACAAGGAUGUCGAAGUCUCACGGUACAACACCGAUGGCACCUGGCACAUUUCCGCGUUCCCAGAGGCAAUUGAGAAUUCUCCGACAAACAAAACGGCGCCCGCCAAGAUCGGCAUUGACCCCGAUGUGAAGCCCAAGUUCUCUCUUCCCGCCUGGAAUGGCAAGCCUGGAGGUAUGGGCGCCGCCGUCGACAAAUCCAACACUCGCACUGCCUUUUAUAUCGGCAGCGACAGGAGGCUCUACGAGGUUGCCAGUAUCAACUUUAUCUGGCAAAACAUGCCCAACCAAACCACAGCAGCGUGGCCCUUGGCUGACGACGCAAACGCCGAGCUGGCCGUCACCUACAACCAGGCCACCAGCGAGGCUUGGGUUUACUACGUUUCAAACAGCAGCCUCAUUCAGGCCUACCGAGGCUCCGACGGCACAUGGAGCAACCACACGGUGCUACCAACCUCGACCGGUUCUACUGGAGGCGGUUCCGGCAGCGACGGCGGCGGUUCCGGAUCCGGAUCCGACAACAGCAAGGCACCCAGCUCCGGACUUUCCGGGGGAGCCAAGGCCGGCAUCGGCAUCGGUGUCAGCGUUGGAGCCAUCGGCGUCGGUCUGCUCGGCCUCCUCUUCUUCCUCCGCCGCAGAAAACAGCGAGCGGCCGCCAUCGCCGCCGAGGCGGACAAGGAGCAACCGCCCAUCAACUUGGGUCAAUACCACUCUCCCAGCGAGCAGGCUUUGUAUUACAUGGCUGACGGAAGCGUAGCACCGGCAUACACCCCGCAGACGCCGUACGACUCACCGGACGCCGUGAAAAAGGCCACGCCCGACAUGAACAUGCACCCGGCCAACAUGGUCUCGCCGCUGGUGGAGAUGGAGCAGCCGCCGACGAUUUAUGAGUUGCCGCCGACGAAUUUUAGUUAUGAACUUCCCGCGGAGACCGUGGAGCGCAGGUGA